UUGGUUUGGUUUGGUUUCCAAUCAACCUUUCCUUUCUCUGCUCCAAAAUUCCUCAACCAAUGAGCUCCGAUCGGAAAGUAGCCAGUGCUAUAGGCGGCAAGACCGCCCGAGCCUGCGACAGUUGCGUGCGUAAACGCGCCCGUUGGUACUGCGCAGCCGACGAUGCCUUCCUCUGCCAAGGCUGCGAUGCUUCAGUCCAUUCUGCCAACUCUUUAGCUCGUCGCCAUGAAAGGGUUCGACUAAAAACUGCAUCACUAAGGCCUCCCAAUGAAGAUGACAAUUCUUCUUCAUUCCAAAAUUCUCUCCCUUCAUGGCAUCAGGGUUUCACCCGCAAGGCUCGAACUCCUCGAAAUGCCAAAUCAACUAUGAAACCACCCAAAACCGAAGAAUCCAUUCCUUUAAACCCUCUUCCUCUAGUUCCUGAGAUGGGUAGUGAUGAAGCUUCACCGGACGAGAACGAAGAGCAGCUUCUCUAUCGUGUCCCCGUCUUUGACCCUUUUGUUGCUGAGCUCUGCACCUCUACAGCAUCCAGUGAAGCAGCAGCACCAGCUACCACUACUUCCUGCACAGUUUCUGCCGUAGAAAACGAAUCUAAGGCUUCGUUUCCUGUUGCUAUGGAUAACUUACCUGAGUUUCUACCGUCAGAUAUGGAUCUUGCCGAAUUCGCAGCUGACGUGGAGAGUUUAUUAGGUCGAGGACUUGACGAGAACUCGUUUUGCAUGGAAGGGUUGGGACUAUUGAGUGCUAAAGAGGAAGAAAGAAACAUGGAUACUACCAUGGUGAAGGUUGAGGAAGAAGAAGAAGACGGAGAUGACGUGGACACUGUUAUUGGGUGCCACGUGGAUCCAGACAUUGAGAUGGGGAGAGAGACACUGGACUUGAACUUCGAUUAUGAUUCGCAAACAACCGGUGAGGAGGAAGAAGAGGAGAAAUUUGGUGGUGGUGCAGCAGCAGAUGGUUGUAGUGGAGGUUCGGCCAUGAUGAUGAAGAUCAACGGUGGAUAUAAUUUAAAGCUGGAUUACGAGGCGGUCAUCGCUGUGUGGGUAGGCCAGGGCCAGGGUUCACCCUGGACUACCGGAGACCGGCCCCAACUCAACCUGGACGAUUACUGGCCCGAUUUUCAGAAUUCGAGUUCGAUGGAUGUUCAUCUUCAUCAUCAUCAUCAUCAUCAUCAUAAUCAUAUUCCAUAUGGGGGGGAUAUGGUAAGAGGAGGAGGAGGAGGAGGAGGAGGACACGUGGCAAUGGGUGAUGGAGGAAGACAAGCUAGGGUUUCGAGAUAUAGAGAGAAGCGCAGGACGAGAUUGUUCUCGAAGAAGAUAAGGUACGAGGUGAGGAAACUUAACGCAGAGAAGAGACCAAGAAUGAAAGGAAGAUUCGUUAAGAGGACUUCUUUUGCUGGAACUGGUUUUACCUUCUAAACCCAAAUAGUCAUGGACUGAAUAACCUUAUUGGAACUUACCUUAUUUUUCUCUGCU